CCUCAUGAACACCAAACUCGAGACGGCUGAUUUGCAGUGGACCACGUUCCCACCUGUGGACGGCCAGUGGGAAGAGCUGAGUGGGAUGGACGAGGAGCAAAACAGCGUCCGCACCUUUGAGGUGUGUGCCGUCCACCGGCCCAACCAGAACAACUGGCUGCGGACCACCUUCGUCCCCCGCUCGGGCGCCACCCACGUCUACGCAGAGCUCCGCUUCACGGUGGUGGAGUGCUUCUCCAUCCCGCGGGUCACUCGCUCGUGCAAGGAGACGUUCAACGUCUUCUUUUACGAAGCUGAUGCCGACGUGGCCACGGACACUUUCCCCGCAUGGAUGGAGAACCCCUACGUCAAGGUGGACACGGUGGCGGCCGAGCACCUCACCAGGAAGCGGGCCGGGAUGGAGGCCUCCGGGAAAGUGAAUGUGAAGACGCUCAGAAUCGGGCCCCUCUCCAAGGCGGGGUUCUACUUGGCUUUCCAAGACCAAGGGGCCUGCAUGGCGCUCCUCUCGGUCCGCCUCUUCUACAAGAAAUGCCCUUCCGUCACCGUCAACUUCACCGUCUUCCAAGAGACGGUGCCCAGGGAGCUGGUCAUGCCCGUCGCGGGUCAGUGCGUGGCCAACGCCGUCAAGACCAGCGCCCGGCCCCUCAGCAUGUACUGCCGGGAGGACGGGCAGUGGGCCGAGCAAACCAUCACCGACUGCUCCUGCACAGCCGGCUACGAGACCUCCGAGGAGAACACCAAGUGCAGAGCCUGUGCCCCCGGGUCGUUCAAGGCCUUGCAGGGCGAGGGGUCUUGCUUGCCGUGCCCGUCCUACAGUAACUCGCAGCUGCCUGGCUCGAGCGAAUGUUCCUGCCGCAUCGGAUUCUUCCGGACCCCAGACGAUCCUCCCACGAAGCAGUGCACGACCACACCAUCGGCACCCCGCAGCAUCGAGGCCAAGAUCAACGGCUCGGUGGCCGUGCUGGAGUGGAGCGAACCCUUGGAGAACGGCGGCCGAGAUGACGUGGCUUACAACAUCAUCUGCUCGGAGUGCCUGGAAAGGCAGUCUUGUCGUCUCUGCACCCGCCUGGUUUAUGCCCCCAGAGCUAGGGGGCUGGUGGACCGCACGGUCACCAUAGAGGGGCUUCAGCCAUACAUCACAUACUCCUUCCAGAUCCAGGCAGUCAACGGCGUCUCUGACAUGAGCCACAACCCGCCCCAGGUUGAAUCCAUCAACAUUACUACCAAUAAAGAUGUCCCCCAGCCUGUUUCUGAGAUCCAGCCGACAGCCGUCACACCUACCGGGAUGACCCUGGCUUGGCCCUCCGUCCCACCCCCAACGGGAAACAUCUUGGAUUACGAAGUCAAGUAUUACGAGAAGGGUGUCGGGGGCCCCAUGUUUGUGAAGACCUCUGAGAACCGAGUGACUUUGACCGGCUUGCGUCGGGGGGCUAUGUAUGGUGUUCAGGUCCGUGCUCGCUCCGAGGCUGGCUAUGGUGGUUUUGGGCCUGAGAGGGCCUUCCAGACUCAAGGGGCCGAGUCGGAGAGCAGCACAGAGCAGCUGGCCCUCAUCGUGGGCACCGUGGCCUUGGGGGUUCUCCUGGUCCUGGCCGUGGUUGUGGUGGCUGUCGUCUGCCUCCGGCGCCAGGGUUCCUCUGGGUCGCGGGAGCCGGAGUACUCAGACAAGCCUGGGCAAUACCUGAUUGGGCACGGCACCAAGGUCUACAUUGACCCUUUCACCUACGAGGACCCCAACGAAGCUGUGCGUGAAUUCGCCAAAGAAAUUGAUGUCUCUUACGUCAAAAUUGAGGAGGUCAUCGGUGCAGGUGAGUUUGGAGAGGUGUGCCGCGGUCUCCUGAAAGUGCCCGGGAAGAAAGAGAUCUACGUGGCCAUCAAGACGCUCAAAGGGGGCUACACGGAGAAGCAGCGUCGCGAAUUCCUCAGCGAGGCCAGCAUCAUGGGCCAGUUUGAUCACCCCAACAUCAUCCGCCUGGAUGGCGUCAUCACCAACAGCGUCCCCGUCAUGAUCAUCACCGAGUUCAUGGAGAAUGGGGCCCUCGACUCUUUUCUCCGGUCGAACGACGGCCAGUUCACACCCAUCCAGCUGGUGGGGAUGCAGCGGGGGAUCGCGUCAGGGAUGCGCUACCUCUCCGACAUGAGCUACGUGCAUCGGGAUUUGGCAGCCCGGAACAUCCUGGUCAACAGCAACCUGGUCUGUAAAGUGUCAGACUUUGGCCUCUCCCGCUUCCUGGAAGAGAACUCGUCCGACCCCACCUACACCAGCACCUUGGGCGGGAAGAUCCCGAUCCGAUGGACAGCCCCCGAAGCCAUUGCCUUCCGCAAAUUCACCUCGGCCAGCGAUGUCUGGAGUUAUGGCAUCGUGAUGUGGGAAGUGAUGUCAUUUGGAGAGAGGCCGUACUGGGACAUGUCCAACCAGGAUGUCAUCAAUGCCAUCGAGCAGGACUACCGGCUGCCGCCCCCCACCGACUGCCCCACCUCGCUGCACCAGCUGAUGCUGGAUUGCUGGCAGAAGGACCGGAAUUCCCGGCCUCGCUUCGCGCAGAUUGUCAACUCCUUGGAUAAGCUGAUCCGGAACCCAGCCAGCCUCAAGAUAGUCUCGCGGGGCAACGGAGGGCCGUCUCACCCGCUGCUGGAUCAGCGCCUGCCCCACUAUUCCUCCUUUGGCUCUGUGGGCGACUGGCUCCGGGCCAUCAAGAUGGGCCGCUACGAAGAGAACUUUGCAACGGCCGGCUUCACCUCCUUUGAACUGGUCAGCCAGCUCUCGACCGAGUGA